AGGAUGUUCAACCAAAAUCACAAACAAAAGCAGAAGGCACCGCAGAUCUCCCCCUUACCGAUGAGCCCACUACUAUUUUCGCAUAUAUGCCAGUAUGUCCGUAAAAAGAAACCAAAAUACAGCACGAGUAGUUUCGCCUGUCAAACGAGUGUCAUUCGAGCGUGAUUAUCAUCCCCAAGAUCGACCACUGAGUGCCCAAACUCUAAUUAAUCCCGUAAAAUCUUUAUUCCAAUGCAUAAUGUUAUGAUUAUCGAAUCGAACUGCUCGACCGGAAGGCGUGGAGUGACACUGCAGUGUAAAAUGACGAAAAGUGGAGUUAUGGAGCUCAAAAGACUCUCAAGGAGAUAAAAAAAAUACUUCAGAAUUCCCAGGAAUAUGGAGAAGUGGCAGAAUGACGAGAGGAAGGGCUCAGCCCUCCCCUGUCACUACGUGGCGAUGAAGAACACGAUUAUGAGCAGGAGAUCAGGUGCUUGUGAUGUCAACGUGAGCUGCCUCAAGCUUGGAAUGCUAGUUGAAGCUAACGAAUUGUUGCCUGAUGGCUCGCUCAGGAUUAAAGUCAAUGAUUUGAAUAAUGAAGAGGUCUGGAAGAAGACAGAGUGGCUCUGUCACAGAUUUGAUCUCAUACCUGUGCCCUAUCUCGUCUGGCACUUUUUGGCAGCUGUUACGGUACCUCAGGACAGGGUACGACUUGCUAGUGAUACUCAGUUUUGUGAGGAGGCCAAGAAAUUGAAGGAAAAUGGAAAGGUUUAUUAUCAUCCUCCGUCAAAUCCUGAUGCCAAGUUCAAAGCUGUGAUCAAGUACAUUGGACAAGUCACGGAAAUGGGUCCUGGGUUUUAUUUCGGCCUUGAAUUGUUGGAUCAUUGCGACGGUUUAUCAACAUCGCUCCUAGUGAAGAAGUACUUUGCUGGAGCAUCAGGAACCGGCCUCUUCACAACCCUGAACCACAUCACCCCAAUAAAGUCCGAUCCCCAAGAGCCUAACGAGCCGAAACCCCCUCGACAGGACAUAGAGGCAUCGCUCUCGAAGCAAAUCGAUGGUUUUCUAAACAGCACAACGAAUCACUCGAACAACCAUUCGAAUCACACGAACGGAAAGAGAAUAACCACCGACUCAAAUUUGAUAAACAAAGAACACCUCACAAAAUUCGACGAUAGUAACAACAACAACGGCGAUGCCAUUGUACGUCUCAACGAAGCUCUAGUCCCAAAGAUUGUUCAUCAAUCGACAAAGUCGAAAAUUCUCUCCAACGACGCCACAAGUUUGAGCAAGAAUCUCCCGACGUAUGAUUUUUUUCCACUCGAGGAACUUUUGGAUAAGGACGAGAGCAGUAAAGUCGUACGAAAGGAGAAUGGAGAGAAACUACACGUGGGUAUGGCAGUUGAGGUUGGCUUAGGGGGUGAGAAUCGGUAUGGGGUGAUACGUUGGAUCGGAAAUUUACCGGGGUUAACGCCGGGUAAGGUCAUGGCAGCUAUUGAGUUGGAGGAUGGACAACAUCCGCAGGGCACAGAUGGUACAUACAACGACGUCAGAUACUUCCACUGUAGACCAAAGAGAGCGAUAUUCACAGACAUCAGGCAGUGUCAGCAGUACAACAUGAUAUCUGCAGAUGAUCAGAUAGUGAAGAUGAACGGUGAGGACCUGGAUAAGACUGAAAACAGCGUGAUAACGGGUAUGGUGAGGCCGAUCUGUGUGAAAGGGGAUUUGAAAACAAUUUGCGGAAAGUACAGAGGAAUCCAGGGCCACCACAACUCCUGCUACCUCGAUGCAACGCUCUUCAGCAUGUUUGCAUUCACCAGUGUCUUCGACAAUCUUCUAUUCAGGCCUCCCAAUGAGAAAGAUCGUCCUCAGUACGAAGAGGUGCAGCGAGUGCUUAGAGAGGAGAUCGUCAAUCCUCUGAGGAAGAACAUGUUCGUCCAGGCGAACAGGGUCAUGAAGCUGCGAACAUUGCUGGAAAAAUUGUCCUCGAUUUCUGGCCUCACUAGUGAGGAAAAAGACCCCGAGGAAUUUCUCACGUCACUAGUCGCUCAAAUUCUCAAUGCAGAGCCUUUCUUGAAACUCAGCUCUGGCCAGGACGCCUAUCACUAUCAACUGUUUGUCGAGAAGGACGAUCAGCUGAAUCUACCAACAGUCCAGCAACUCCUGGAGCAGAGCUUUCUGACGAGUAACAUCAGACUGAAGGAGGUGCCUUCGUGCCUCAUCAUCCAGAUGCCAAGAUUUGGGAAGUCGUUUAAAAUGUAUCCGAAGAUUCAGCCCACUCUUCUGCUCGAUGUCACUGAUAUUAUCGAGGAUUCCCCCAGGCAAUGCACGGUUUGUGGGAAAUUGGCUGAGUUCGAGUGCAAGGAGUGCUAUGGGCAGUGUGGAGUGGGACUGGAGAGCAUAGCUUUUUGUUUACCCUGUCUGGAUAAGGCUCAUAGACACGAGAGGAGGACCAAUCAUGAGCCCAAGAAGCUGAGUGUUCCCACGGAAUUUCAGAUUCUUCAGGAACACUGCCCCGUGCCGAGGCUGUAUCUCGAACUUUCUGCUGUUGUUUGCAUUGAAACUUCACACUAUGUCUCGUUUGUCAAGUGUGGAUCGGGGUCUGAGGCGCCCUGGUGCUUCUUUGACUCUAUGGCUGAUCGAAAAGGGGAACAAAACGGCUACAACAUCCCCGAAAUGGUGCCCUGUCCAGACUUCCCCUACUGGCUCAGCGAAGAAGGUUCCAACUACCUAACAGAACUGACAGACGAUCGACAGCUCCCCGAGCACGCGAAAAGACUCCUCUGCGAUGGAUACAUGUGCAUGUAUCAAUCCCCAGACGUAAUGAUGUACAAGUAACUAACGUAGGUGAGGCAAGUGCAUAAUAAGCCUAAGAAUAAUUACCACAAAAAAGGCAAAACACUGCAGGACUGUUUGGAUUAAUUUCAAUAGUGUUUACAUUUCUACGUAAUUUUUUCCUAAUUUUUUGUUCAGUAUGAAUGGAUAAUUCGCAUCGAGAUUUUUUAUUUAUCAUUUUUAUUUUACACUCGUGUAGUGGUGUUAUCGUAUUUGAAUUAAAAAUAAUGCGUAAUGACAAAAUCAUGUUUUGUUGAUUCAACUAAAAUUUCGUUAUUUCCUGUCACAUUUUGUCUCCCUGAUUCUUACUUCUCAUUCAUCAUCUCUGCCUCUAUUUAUUUGAUCAUCAUACAUCACGUAUUCCCAUGCUAAAGAAUAAUUGCACAGUCGUCUCUCUCUCUCUCUCUCUCCCAUCGAUUAAACUCAACUCCUUAAUUUCUAUUACCAAGAAUAACAUUUAUAAUUGAUAGACUUUUAUUGUAAUUGUAAAAUCUUCUUAAACUACUUGGUAAGGUGUUUCUCAUUUGAUUCUCGGCACACGUUGCCUAACACUAUCUACAAUCGGGUCAUAUGAUACUAUUUAAAGAGUUUAACGUUAAGACAAUCUAGAGCGAAGAAAAGAAUAAACAAUUGCGUUCAAUACUAUUCAGUGCGUAAAACCAUGUGAAUUCCUUGUACGGUGUGAAGUACAUGAGUCAUAUCAGUCAUUAUUUGUGCCCAUACCAACAAUUCUGGCUCGUUUACCUUCAAUCACAUCGAGAAAAUAGAAAUAAUUGUAACGAGAGUAGCAUUUUCAUGAUGAAAU